GGCGGCAGCGGCAACUGCAACAGUGGCAGCAGUGGUGGCCAGAGCCGGAUGCUCGCGGGCUCCCUGCGGCUCCACUAGUUUUCUUCGCUCCGCCCAGCGCCCACUCGCCUCGGCUGGGGAAGAAGACCAGACGGUGCUCAGCUCGAAAACUCUGGUGUCUCAGCUUAGGGCCUCCUCCGGGAAGAGCUAAGUGCUCCCAGGUGAAGCCGGUGCCUGCGGGCGGUCCGUACACCCCGCAGCCUGCUCGCACCGCUCGAGAGCCUCGGCCGCCGUGUCUUCCACGCCUGCAGCUCAGCCAGGGCGCGCGGGGCGAGUGGGGUCCCCUGCGGGGUAAAGGGGACCAGGACGGCGAGGAUGAUCGCACAGACCUGGCCAGUGGGCUUUCGCUGCCUCCUCCUCCUGGCCUUGGUUGGAUCCGCCCGCAGCGAGGGCGUGCAGACCUGCGAAGAAGUUCGGAAACUUUUCCAGUGGCGGCUGCUGGGAGCUGUCAGGGGGCUGCCGGAUUCGCCACGGGCAGGACCUGAUCUUCACGUUUGCAUAUCCAGAAAGCCUACAUGUUGCACCAGGAAGAUGGAGGAAAGAUAUCAGAUUGCAGCUCACCAGGAUAUGCAGCAGUUCCUUCAAACAUCCAGCUCUGCAUUAAAGUUUCUAAUAUCUCGAAAUGCAGCUGCUUUUCAAGAAACCCUUGAAACUCUCAUCAAACAAGCAGAAAAUUAUACCAGUAUACUUUUUUGCAAUACCUACAGGAACAUGGCCUUGGAGGCUGCUGCUUCAGUUCAGGAGUUCUUCACUGAUGUGGGGCUGUAUUUGUUUGGUGCAGAUGUUAAUCCUGAAGAAUUUGUAAACAGAUUUUUUGACAGUCUUUUCCCUCUGGUCUACAAUCACCUCAUUAACCCUGGUGUGACUGACAGUUCCCUGGAAUACUCAGAAUGCAUCCGGAUGGCUCGCCGGGAUGUGAGUCCAUUUGGUAAUAUUCCUAAAAGAGUAAUGGGACAGAUGGGGAGGUCCCUGCUGCCCAGCCGCACCUUUCUGCAGGCACUCAAUCUGGGUAUUGAAGUCAUCAACACCACAGACUAUCUGCACUUCUCCAAAGAGUGCAGCAGAGCCCUCCUGAAGAUGCAGUACUGCCCACACUGCCAGGGCCUGACGCUCAGUAAGCCUUGUAUGGGAUACUGCCUCAAUGUCAUGCGAGGCUGCCUGGCACACAUGGCGGAGCUUAAUCCACACUGGCAUGCAUAUAUCCGGUCACUGGAAGAACUGUCAGAUGCAAUGCAUGGAACAUACGACGUUGAACAUGUGCUCCUGAACUUUCACUUGCUUGUUAACGAUGCUGUGAUACAGGCUCACCUCAAUGGACAAAAAUUAUUGGAACAAGUAAAUAAGAUUUGUGGCCGCCCCAUAAGAACACCCACACAAAGCCCCCGUUGUUCUUUUGAUCAGAGCAAAGAGAAGCAUGGAAUGAAGACCACUACAAGGAACAGUGAAGAGACGCUUGCCAACAGAAGAAAAGAAUUUAUCAACAGCCUUCGACUGUACAGGUCAUUCUAUGGAGGUCUAGCUGAUCAGCUUUGUGCUAAUGAAUUAGCUGCUGCAGAUGGACUUCCCUGCUGGAAUGGAGAAGAUAUAGUAAAAAGGUAUUUUAUGUGGUCUAUGAAAACCUACUG